GAGAGAAAAGGGGUUUGGGGUGGGGGGGGUGGAAGUGUGGUUGUGUUUUUUUACUAGAAAUCUAAUUCUCAAAAGGAUUUUAACAAUAAUAAUAAUCGUUGCAUUUUUGCUCAGCAAUAAGCAAUGGAAACUUUCAAUUCCGUGGAUAAUAAUCAUCAUCAUCAUCAUCAUCACCAUCACCAUCAUCGCCCGCGUAGCCCCCCCCGCCCGGAGGAGCACAGCUCGCCCCUGGAUUACUUCCACCAGAGACACGGCGAGAAGAACACCUUCAACUCGUGGAAUGACUACUUGGGGCUGUCGACGCUGAUCAGCAAAGCCCUGGUCAACAGCACCAGCGAUGGGGGCAGCGGCAGAGAGGUGGGCAAGAGCGGUUUGCACCACCCUGGUCCGGCGGGGUUAGGGUUGAGAUUACACCCAAGAGGGGCGCCUUGCAUUGGCCGCUCCUUGGACCUGAGCGAUUUGGGGCUUUGCUCCCAUCACCAUCACGGGGACCUGUUGGGCUCGGACUUGGAGGAGAGGUUCUCUGAGUUGAGUCCCUUCUCGGCGGUGGGCUACAGCGGUGGAGAGCUCGGACCACACUUGGAGGAGCGCGACCACCCAACCUGGAACCGAGUGGACCUGAUCAUGAUGGAGGAGGGCAGGAGCCACCUCCACCACCACCACCACCCAAACCAUCUCCUGCUCCCCAACAGCAACAACAACAACAACAACGCAGCGAACGGGGGCCACCAGAGAACAGGCAGAGGCGGCCGAGCCGACCUCCAGAUCUGUGUGUUCUGCAGGAACAAUAAUGAGUCCAUCACCCUCUACACCACCCACAUCCUCAAGAGCCCAGACGGCCGUGUCUUGUGUCCCAUCCUCAGGCGCUACACCUGCCCACUGUGCGGGGCCAACGGCGACAACGCUCACACCAUCAAGUACUGCCCACUCUCCAAGCUCCAGCUCCAGCCCGCACCCAAACUGAGGACCAGGAACUGCGUGAGCAAGAGAAUCCGCUAGAGAGAG